GGACAGGGUUUGUGUGUGUGGCGCGAGGGACGACGCAGCGUCUUACCAACCAGCACCGCGACUCUCGGGACAUGGCGGUGGCCUCGGCCGUGUCAGCGCUGCUGGUGGCGGCGGAGAGGAACCGGUGGCAGCGUCUCCCGGUCCUGCUGCUGCCGCCGAGGAAAUGGACUUGGAGACAAAGAACUAUGAAGUAUGCGACAACCACAGGAAGAAAUAUUACCAAGGUCCUCAUUGCAAACAGAGGAGAAAUUGCCUGCAGGGUGAUACGAACAGCAAAAAAAAUGGGUGUACAGUCUGUGGCUGUUUUCAGUGAGGCUGACAGGAAUUCCAUGCAUGUAGAUAUGGCAGAUGAGGCAUAUUCCAUUGGCCCGGCUCCCUCACAGCAAAGCUACCUGUCUAUGGAGAAAAUCAUUCAAGUGGCCAAGAUCUCUUCUGCACAGGCUAUCCAUCCAGGAUAUGGCUUUCUUUCAGAAAACAUGGAAUUUGCUGAGCUUUGUAAACAAGAAGGGAUUAUUUUUAUAGGUCCUCCUUCAUCUGCAAUUAGAGACAUGGGUAUAAAGAGCAUGUCCAAGUCCAUCAUGGGCGCUGGAGUGCCGGUUGUGGAAGGUUACCACGGCGAGGACCAGUCCGACGAUUGCCUGAGAGAGCACGCGGGGAGAAUCGGCUACCCGGUCAUGAUUAAGGCCGUCCGCGGCGGAGGAGGGAAAGGCAUGAGGAUUGUCACAUCAGAGAAGGAAUUUCAAGAGCAGUUAGAAUCAGCACGGAGAGAAGCAAAGAAGUCUUUCAAUGAUGAUGCUAUGCUGAUCGAGAAGUUUGUGGACACGCCAAGGCAUGUGGAAGUCCAGGUAUUUGGUGAUCACCAUGGCAAUGCCGUGUACUUGUUUGAAAGAGACUGCAGCGUGCAGAGGAGACAUCAGAAGAUCAUUGAGGAGGCCCCAGCGCCUGGUAUUAAGCCCGAAGUAAGGAAAAAGCUUGGAGAAGCUGCAGUCAGAGCUGCAAAAGCUGUGAAUUAUGUUGGAGCAGGAACUGUGGAGUUUAUUAUGGACUCAAAGCACAAUUUCUACUUCAUGGAGAUGAAUACAAGGCUACAAGUGGAACAUCCUGUUACCGAGAUGAUCACAGGAACUGACUUGGUGGAGUGGCAGCUUAGGAUUGCAGCAGGAGAGAAGAUCCCUUUGAGCCAGGAAGAAAUACCUCUAGUGGGCCAUGCCUUUGAGGCUCGAAUAUAUGCUGAAGAUCCUGACAAUAACUUCAUGCCAGGGGCCGGGCCACUGGUGCAUGUCUCUACUCCUCCAGCAGAUCUUUCCACUAGGAUUGAAACUGGAGUUCGGCAAGGAGAUGAAGUUUCAGUGCAUUAUGACCCCAUGAUUGCAAAGCUUGUUGUGUGGGCUGCAGAUCGGCAGGCAGCCUUGGCGAAACUGAAGUACAGCCUUCAUCAGUACAAUAUCGUUGGCCUGCGCACCAACAUUGACUUCCUGCUCCGCCUGUCUGGCCACCCAGAGUUUGAAGCUGGGAAUGUGCACACUGAUUUCAUUCCUCAACACCACAAGGAACUACUGUCCAGUCGGAGUGCUGCAGCCAAAGAGUCUUUAUGCCAGGCGGCUCUAGGUCUCAUCCUCAAGGAGAAAGCUAUGACUGAUGCUUUCAAACUUCAGACACAAGAUCAAUUCUCUCCAUUUUCAUUCAGCAAUGGAAGAAGACUGAACAUCUGUUACACCAGAAACAUGACUCUUAGAGAUGGUAAAAACAAUGUCACCAUAGCUGUAACAUAUAACCACGAUGGGUCGUAUACCAUGCAGAUUGAAAAUAAAACCUUCAGAGUCCUUGGUGAUCUUCACAGUGAGGGAGACUGCACUCACCUGAUGUGUUCUGUCAAUGGGGUUUCCAGGAAAGCUAAGCUGAUUAUUCUGGACAACACUAUUUACCUGUUUUCCAUGGACGGCAGUACCGAGAUUGACAUUCCAGUACCCAAGUACUUGUCUUCUGUGAGCUCAGAUGGAACUCAGGGAGGUACCAUCGCUCCUAUGACUGGCACCAUUGAAAAAGUGUUUGUGAAAGCUGGAGACACAGUAAAAGCUGGAGAUCCCCUGAUGGUUAUGAUCGCCAUGAAAAUGGAGCAUACCAUAAAGGCUCCAAAGGAUGGCACGAUAAGGAAAGUGUUCUUCAGAGAAGGUUCUCAGGCCAGCAGACAUGCUCCUUUAGUCGAGUUUGAGGAGGAGGAAUCUGACAAAAAGGAAUCACAGUAAAGUCUUUCAAAGAACCAGCCGACUAAGCAGUAUCUUAUCUGUACCCAAAAAAGAAAGUGCCUCCUGCUUUUCUCGGGGCCUCAUAAAGAACAGUUUUACUAAAUAAAUGACUCUGUGAUUGUGCUAAAACUCUUUCUUAUUUGAGAUUCAUGUACUUGGGUCACAAAUACAAUGAAUUAUCUCAAAUGUUUCAUACUAAUAAAGUUCAUUCUACUUUUUUACUGGAAGCUAAUGUUAUUCGUUUCUGCCUUAAAUUUUAUACAUUGUAGUGCCUUUUAGGAAGGGGAUGGGUAGCAACUUGAUGAAAAGAAUCUUUUGAAACAGAAAAUGCCAUUAAUUAAAUGAAUUACUUCCCAGUUACAAUCAUGGUGAAAAUACAAAGUAGCAUAUUUCAGAGACAGAUGCUACAGAGCUAAACUCAACCAGGUUUUGUUGUGCAAAGAGUAACAGGCAGUUUAAAGACGCGAUGUUAUUUGUGUCUGGGCUUUCUGAUUGGCUCUCUAGAUACCUUUGCCUCUAUUGUACUGUACUUUCUAAGCUUAUAAAAAUGUAUUAUGCUAGAAUAUAUUAUUUAUUAGUAUUUAAUUUGGGUAAAUUUGAAAAAUAUAAUUUUACACAGAGUUGGUAAGAGUAGAAAG